CUUUUACAAGAGAAAAAUGAAUUUGAUUAGAAAUGUUACACGAAGAUUUGAUUACAUGGUGGAAUCAAUUAUUUACAGAUUUAUGGAUCCCGGACUUGCUCUGGUGGCCCCAGUCCCACUGCAAAGACACCUAGUACAGAAUUGUGACAAUUGGUUGAAUCCCAGUAUUCUCUGGAACACACCGAGAAGACGAAGAUGUCUAGAGAAGAGACAAACAAGAAGAUUUGGAAGUUUGGAAUGGGGAACAUACAAACUGCCCAGAAUCAACCAGAAGAUAAGAGUAGAUCAUAAAACAGGAGAAUAUUUCGAGCUAGGAAAACUAGCGCCUCUCACCUAUACAAGAAUAAUGGAAGAAACUAAAGCAAUCCAGAAGAAGAUGCAAGAAACCUUUGGAACAGGAACACCCAAAGACCAGGAUGUCGUCGUUUUAUAUAAAGGAGAACAGACUCAGGUUCCUGACAAGUAUCGUAUUGUUGAGAUGGAACGAGAACGUCCUUCUUUCUUCUCCUCAAACCUUCUCCAGAAAACUCGAGCUAUAGAGGCCGGACAAACUGUUAAACCUUCCAGCCUCGUUUAGCUUGAGAUAUAGAGGCCGGACAAACUGUUAAACCUUCCAGCCUCGUUUAGCUUAAGAUAUAGAGGCCGGACAAACUGUAAAACCUGCCAGCCUCGUUUUACUUGAGACAUAGAGGCCAGGCAAGCUGUUAAGUCUUCUAGCCUUGUUUAACUUGAGAAAUAGAGGCCAGGCAACUUAUCUUUUAUUGAUUUUGAUUUUUUAAAUCCUAAAAAAGAUUCUUAUCUGUUUACAAAAAGGCGGAUUAAGAAUUAAAUAUUACCAUGUGAAUUGUUUGUAUACUUCCA